UCUAUGCGGAGAAAGUGCAUUGGUUCUAUUGCACGUUACCUCGACGCAAUUCCCGUUGUUCGACCUCAAGAUUUGGCUGUUCUUGGUAUAGGACGAAUUCAGUUGCUCAAUCGUAAAACUGAUCCAACACGUAUAACUGGUAUUGGAACAGAAUUUACUAAACAAUUUAAAGUUGGCUGGCAAAUUGGUCUUCCUAAAGAUCGUGGAUCUUCAGAGAUAGUUCAGAUAAUAUCAGACACAGAAUUGAUAAUUAAACGAGAGUUUAAAGAUUUAAUAUCUCUGGAAAUGCUCACUCAUCCAGAAGGUACUCCCUUCAAAUGCAUACCUCAUGUUGACCAAACAUCUGUGUAUAAUGUUGUAUUCGAAAGGUUGAAUGCUGGACAAUGUAUUGGCAUUUUUCCUGAGGGUGGAAGCCACGAUCGAACAGAAAUAUUACCACUUAAGGCUGGAGUUACUAUAAUGGCUCUUGGUGCAAUUGCCGCUAAUCCAAGUCUAAAUCUCAAAAUAAUGCCCUGCGGGUUAAAUUAUUUUCAUGCUCAUUCCUUUCGUUCUCGUGCCGUUAUCGAAUUUGGUGCGCCCAUUUCUAUCAAUCCGGAAUUGGUGGAAAAAUAUAAACAAGGUGGUUCAUCAAAACGUGAAGCUUGCACAAAAUUACUGGAGACCAUUUAUAACGGGUUGAGAGCUGUUACCGUGAAUACACCAGACUAUGAUACAUUGAUGUUUAUUCAAGCUGGACGUCGCCUGUAUAAGCCAGCUCACCGCAAGUUACAAAUUUCUCAAAUUGUAGAAUUGAAUCGGAGAUUCAUCGCUGGUUAUGAACAUUUUAAGGAUGAACCUAGGGUACAAGAUAUACGACAAAGAAUAAUGGCGUAUAACCAAUUAUUAAAAUAUUAUGGAUUAAAGGACCAUCAGGUAAAUAAAUCUGCUAUCGGAGGUCCUAGAGCUGCUGGACUAUUACUGUAUAGGAUAAUACUGUUGACUACUUGGAAAGCGGUUCGCGGUUCAUCUGUUAAAAUAGCAGGUCGUGAUGUUCUUGCAACUUGGAAACUUCUUGUUGCGCUGGUUGUCACACCUCUUCUUUAUAGCUUUUAUACAUUUAUCGUUGUUCUUGUGUCAUUUAGAAAAAGAUGGAUAUUAAAGUGGAAAGUAUUUGCUCCUAUAGUUACAUUUUGUACGUUGGUAACAGGCAGCUAUGUAACUAUCCGAUUUGUAGAAAGUGGACUUGAUAUAUACAAAUCAAUCCGUCCAUUGUUUUUGUCAUUACUUCCGUGGACAAGACCAUCUAUUGAGAAUUUGUGUACAGUUCGAGAGCAAUUGUCCAAUAAUCUUACUGACUUAAUUAACGAAUUAGCUCCAAGAAUUUACCCUGAUUUCAAUGUUGACCGAAUUAUCGAAGCGGCUGAUCGUUCAACAAUGACUCCAAUCCCAAGUUUAUUCCAAUCUCCAAUUGAUUGGAUUGAUGAUAAAGUAUUCAAUUGGGAACGCCUUGCAGGUGAUACAUCUGAAUUAGAUGAUGUGCUUUUCUUUUUUGAAAAAAACAAUGGUAGCGCAUCAGGGCGUAGUAGAACAAGUAGUUGGGGAAGUGUAUCAGGAUCAAGACCAGUUAGCAGAGCGAAUUC